AUGCCGAAGAAUCAGUCCAAGAGUCUGUGUUGCCUCCCACACGUGUCUUCUGGGUCGGCUCAAUUUUUGACGCCACCGAUGUCGCCCCUCGGCAAUCACCCGGUUUUGCGAUCCACGAAGUCAACUGGUGACUUGGAAACAUUUCAGCAGAAUCAGUCCAAGAGUCUGUGUUGUCUCCCACACGUGUCUUCUGGGUCGGCUCAAUUUUUGACGCCACCGAUGUCGCCCCUCGGCAAUCACCCGGUUUUGCGAUCCACGAAGUCAACUGGUGACUUGGAAACAUUUCAGCAGGCAUCAAGCAGGUGUCCAGCAGGUUAUACAAAAGUACCCACACCAGUGGAGCCAGGAACCAGACAAACGAUGCGGAAGAAGGGCUGGUGCACUUUGACUCAUCAGAGAAGCCAGAGUAGCGAGAUCCACACAGUCAUCAGCAGUGGUGCCAACCUCAUCAAGAAGGGCUACCUCUACAAGUGGGCCUGCUUGGCCCAAGUUUGGUUCAGGGCUUGGGCAGUGUUGCACCAGGGGCAACUCCUGUUCUACAACAUGGAAGAUGAUGCAGUACCCGAGGAGAUCCUGGAUCUCGCCAACUACUGUUUAGUUCCACAGUGUAGACGAAUGCAGGGCUCUACAAGAAAUCGUCUAUCCCUAGACCUGGGCACCAGGGAACCCUGUUCUGCGCCUGGAGGCAUCUCCUCAUUGAAUGUCCUCAUCCUGAAAGACCAGAUGGGCAAAAAAGCAAUCCACCUGUCAGCUGAAAGCAAAGAGGCCAGAGAAGAGUGGGUUGCAGCAAUCAUCAAGUCAUCAGCAAUUGAUGCAUCCCUGCAGUCACUUACCCUCAAUGGUUUGGAUCUGGACUCCAGUGGAAGAAAUACUUUCUCAGGUGUCUGUCUCGGGGAUCCCCGACCCAGAAAACCUAGCAUGAACCCCGACGUUCGCCAGAAGCUGAUUUGGGACCUGAUAGCCUCCAAGCACAUACCGAAGUAUCACCGAGACAGGCGAAGCGGACAGGACCAGAAACGCUUUGCAGACAUCUCUAAUCGCUACGAGAGGGCAGAACACGCAGCACAGCGAGAUGGUCUUCGUCAGAUGGUCCAACUCCAGCAACGGAAAAUCUCCGCUGCUCUCAAGUUGGACGGGAUGUUCCGCAGUAGAAGACUGGUGCGACGCGCAACAAGUGCUGCAGCAGAACCUGCAGCGGGGUUUGAGUCGCAAUUGAAAGAGCUGAAAGACAAGCUGAUGGCGUUGGACAGAAAUCUGCGGCGGACACACCGCGAGACCCGCAACAAGCUUGUCAAGUUGAGCACUCAGAAGGCCUUAGAAAUGCACGCCCUGACAACCUUGGGUGUCAUGGGCGGAUCAGGGUUCAACACGAAGUUGGUGAAGUGCAGUAGAAGAUACAGCGAGCAACCUGGGCACCGCUUUUGGGCCCCCAUCACUCGACCGAAAGCCGUCUCAACUGCAGGCUUAUACAAGUACAAUCCCAGAACAACGGAGACUAGUUCGGACGCAUGGAAAGAAAUAGCAGCGUUCGAAAGAUUCGCGAAAAACUUCUUCGCCAAGCGGGGACAGCUAGAAACGUACCUGUCCAUGUUCCAGGAAUGAAUCUAUGUUCAGUAAUGUGA